AUGGCUUCCAAGGCUGCUCCUCCGUCUACCAUGAAGGCCGUCGUCAUCAACGGCAACACUGCCGCCGUGAAAGACCAUCCCGUCCCCAAGCUUCGUCCAACAUACCUUCUCGCCAAAGUCCACGCCGUCGCCCUGAACCCAACCGACUGGAAGCACAUUGCCGGCCAGCUCGCCGCACCAAACGGCAUCUCCGGCUGCGACUUUGCCGGCGAGGUCGUCGAAGUCGGCGCGGACGUCAGCAAGCAUUUCCAACCGGGCGACCGCAUCGCGGGGACCACUCAUGGCGCCAACGCCAGCAACCCGGAGGACGGAUGUUUCGCCGAGUACUGCGUCGCCAAGGCGGACUUGAUGGUCAAGCUACCGCAGAGCCUGUCGUACGAAAAGGCGGCCACGUUCCCCCUCGGCACGUCGACGGUCGGACAGGGAUUGUACCAGAAGGCGCUGAAGCUCAACUUGCCCACCCAGCCGACCAAGAACGGCGAGACGGUGCUCAUCUACGGCGGCUCGACCGCGACGGGCUCAUUGGCCAUUCAGUUCGCGAAGCUCUCCGGCUACCGCGUCAUCACGACGUGCAGCAAGCACAACUUCGAUGCCGCUAAAUCUCUGGGUGCCGACGCCGUGUACGAUUACAGAGACCCGGACUGCGGCAAGCAGAUCAACAAGGAUACCAAGGACUCCCUCAAACUGAUCUGGGAUACCGUCUCCGUGCCCGAAUCGGCGCAGAUCUGCGCAGAGGCCAUGUCGUCCGACACCAGUGGCGCGAGGUACGGCAGCAUCUUGCCCGUCAAGUACCCCACCGAAGGGGUAGAGGUCGUGAGUACGCUCAUGUACACCAUCUUCGACGCGCCGUUCAAGAAGUUCGGCAUGGAUUUCCCGCCCGUGCCGGAGGACUUUGAGUUCGCGAAGAAGUUCUUCGAUAUCACGGAGAAGUUGCUUGCGGAGGGGAAGCUGAAGACGCAUGAGGAGCAGGUUGGCCCGCAUGGCCUGCAGGGGGUGUUGGAGGGGUUCCAGCAGAUGAAGGAGGGGAAGGUGAGUGGGAGGAAGUUGGUGUAUCGCGUGGCGGAGACGCCGAAGGAUACCAAGGCGGAGGUGCAGUUGUAA